UUCGGGGCGGCGCAGCCCUGAGAGAGUCUGUGAGAGGAUCCGCCUGGCUUGCUGGUGUUUCGGGCGUGAGGAGACGCGGAGGCCGGACCAGUUCUGAGCUCUAACGGAAGCCAUAAUUUUCUACAGUAGUUUAACGUCAUGAUGUGAGUCUUCGGUAAAAGCUGCACAUUUUGUAAGCCCGGCUAAUUUGCUCCUAUUUGCUUCAAGUUUGAAAGGAACCAGUGAAAAAAAAUUGCUGUACAAAUAGUCCAUGUUUAGUUAUUAUAAUUGGACCAGCAAUGAAGUUUUAAGCCAACCCUUCAGUGGAUAAAAGAUCUUACAGAUGGCAGAAAACAGUAGGGCAGAAGAUGCUGCCUCAGAUUCUGUGGAAAGUGCUAAAGGCACAGGUGAUAAAAAAGAAAAGUUAGCAGACCAAGUAAUGCAGAACCCACAAGUCUUGGCAGCUUUACAAGAUCGACUUGAUAAUGCACCUCACACUCCUUCCAGCUAUAUCGAAACCUUACCAAAAGCAGUAAAAAGAAGAAUUGAUGCCUUGAAACAGCUUCAGGUGAAAUGUGCACAUAUAGAAGCUAAAUUUUAUGAAGAAGUUCAUGAUUUAGAGAGAAAAUAUGCAGCUCUUUAUCAACCGCUUUUUGAUAAGAGAAGGGACUUCAUCAUUGGUAAUGCUGAACCUACUGAAGCAGAGGCAGAAUGGCAUAGUGAAAAUGAAGAUGAAGAGAAGCUAGCUGGAGACCUGAAAAAUAAAGUAGUAAUAGAAGAAAAAGAAGCAGGAGCAACUGAAGAGACAAAUCCUAAAGGAAUCCCAGAUUUUUGGUUCACAAUAUUUAGAAAUGUAGAUAUGCUGAGUGAAUUAGUACAGGAAUAUGAUGAACCUAUUCUAAAACACCUGCAAGACAUUAAAGUGAAAUUUUCUGAGCCAGGACAACCUAUGUCUUUUACAUUAGAGUUUCACUUCGAACCCAAUGACUACUUUACUAAUUCAAUUCUGACAAAAACCUACAAGAUGAAAUCAGAACCAGAUAAGACGGAUCCAUUUUCAUUCGAGGGUCCUGAAAUUGUUGAUUGUGAGGGAUGCACUAUUGAUUGGAAGAAAGGAAAAAAUGUUACAGUAAAAACAAUAAAGAAGAAACAGAAACACAAGGGUAGAGGCACUGUCAGAACAAUUACAAAACAAGUACCUAAUGACUCAUUUUUUAAUUUCUUCAGUCCAAUUAAAGUUUCAGGAGAUGGAGAAUCACUGGAUGAAGAUUCAGAGUGUACUUUAGCCAUAGAUUUUGAAGUUGGGCACUUCUUCCGUGAAAGAAUAGUGCCCCGUGCUGUACUCUAUUUCACUGGAGAAGCUAUAGAGGAUGAUGAUAAUUUUGAAGAAGGAGAGGAAGGAGAGGAGGAGGAAUUAGAAGGGGAAGAAGAAGGAGAAGAGGAGGAAGAUGCAGAAAGUGAACCUAAGAAAGAUGCCAGUCAACCUGCUGAAUGCAAACAACAAUAAGGAAAUACCACUUCAGAGUGAUAUUUGAACAGCCUGUAACAAUAUUUGGAUACCUGGCCUGCAGUUCAGGAAAUUCCAUUACUGCAGCACAAUCUUAUUAACAAUGCUUAAACUAAAUUGUUUUCAAAUGCAUGAUUUUCACUAACUCUUUUCUUAUUUUUGCUUAACUUGUACAGUGGCAACUUAAUGCAUUUGAGAAAUAUGAGGUUUAAUUAAAGCACACUCUACAGCCUUUGGUACAAUUUAGCUCAACUGUCUCUGUAGGCUUUUCCAUUAAAUUAAAAAAAUAAUUUGCCUUUUUGAAAAACUUACCCUCAACACAAGGUAAGUUUUUGUCAAAAUACUAUGGAAUAGGAAUAUUUAGACUAUUAAAUUAAUAAAAUACAGUAAAAACAAAUAAAGCAAUAUGCCUUCUGGUAGAUCUUUUCCCUUUAAAAUAAAUCUCCUGUAACCAUUCAGACAGAUUAGUGCUACAGAGUACCUUAAAACAUUGUCAUUUCCAGUAAUUUUAAAUGGAAAAUAACAUUUCCUAUAUCUUUGAAGAAAGGAGUGGUCGAGAGACAUUUAGUUGUUCACCUUAUUUAUUCAUUUUUUUUAAAGUACUUUGGUGAACUAGUACUUUUAAUAGUUUUAAAAUACUUGAAGAGAAUCCUGUUUAUAAACUAUGGGUACUUGUAUGUGGAAAAUUCAUACUUUACUCAAGAAAAUGAUUGCUUCUCAGACAUUUCAAAACAGCAAGCCUGAUGUGGGCUCCCUAGGUUGAGAAGGUUGCAGCACUUAAGUAUAUAUCCCUGGUUUGCCUUAGUUAUGCUUGGCACUGUUCAGACGUUCUUACAUUCAAAGAUUUGAAGCCUGGACAUAAGCUGCAACUUUAUAUGCUUGUUCUCCACUGUUCGGUGCAACUUCACUUUUAAUCUUCCGUCAUAAGAACAGACCAGAGUUUGAUGUAAUAGCUGAAACAGCAUUUUGUAAUUUGUACUCAACCUUUAAACCAAGUGCAGAUGCUCUUGGUGACGGUUCAGCCAUCAAGUGCAAAUUACAGCAUUGUAAUUCAGAGGACAUAGCAAAGUGUGGCUUCCAUUAAACAAAAAAUAAAGUGAAACUACACACAAACAUGGAAAAUAAUGUUCUGAAUAAAUUGGAAGAUGAUCCAAUUUGGGCCUGUGAAAGCUAUAUCAUAUAAUUGGAAAAAUAUAAAUACAUCCUGGGUGCAUAGUUCUGAUGUUGAUCUGCAAUAUCAAGUCACUCCAUUCUACAUUUCCAUGGUUUUUAAAGCUCCAGAAUCCUUCCGAAGAAUAUUCAGAAUACAGUUCACCUUUCUUAAACAUACAAUGCCAGCUUAUGGCAACACUUCAUUACCAAUUGUGUGAAUGCUGUUACCAGGCAUGUAGAGAGUGCUCCAGCCUUAUCUUAUACAUUUGUAACUUAAUACGGUGUUUUCAAUUUGUACAGAAUAGUUAGAAUAUUCUAUUAAAGUUGUGAAACAUGAA